AUGCCGGACCCAAAGGAUUUCAACAAAGGAUACGUCAACGGCGUCGACAUGGAUUCCGACGACUACACCAACGUCCUCCACUUCUUCCACAUCACACACCCAAGACUUGCCAUGCUCAAUGUCUGUCUUCAAGAGGCUUACCAAUUCCAUGCCACCGGACGUCCAUCCCAGACAUCAAUUCGCUGCUUGUGUAAGAGAGACGGUUGCAAUCUGCCGAAGGGUUUAACUACGUUCCUGGACUUCAACAAGCUUCCAAUGCCAGAGACAUCGUUCUAA